AUAUCUGUGAUCACAAAUAAAACAAGACAUAAAAGUUUAUGAGCGUACUCUUUCAAAAAUUGCUUCAAACUUUGUUUCAGGUAUUUCGAUGUCGAUAAUAUACAAUGCAGAAUAUAGGAAAAAUGUUCUUUCUGUUUCCUUUUUUCCUCGUGAGACCAAUUGUCACGCUGAUCUUGACGAUUCAAAGGUAGUCAGGGCGACAUCUGUCGGUCCGCCGGGGAAAAGUCCGUACGUCUACGUGUUCGACGUGCACGCGAACACGGCCCCUCGCGAACUAGUGGCCAUGUUGCGUCGCUAUGUCUACGAUUGGCUCCACCUUUCCCCGCACCCUCCACCAACGGUGAGCCAAGAACACUCUUUUUCACCAAUCAGAUGCAAGCUGAUCCCGCCAACGACACUCGCUCGUGCGCUCUAUAAGAGAGUCACAUUGCAGAAGCCUGUAGCUGUGUUCGACUACGAUAUCUGUAUAUGA